AUGUUCACACCCGCCUUUUCUGACCCCGGACAUCAGGUGAUAAAAACAGAUGCCUCUGUCAUUAAAAUGGAUAUUUUUAUCAAAACUUACAAACUUCCGUUCAUAUCUCGCGUAAAGUUUUUUUUUUUUUUUUUUUUUAAUUAUCUUUUAUCCGUUUUUUGGGGGAGUGGGUGUUUUUUAUUUCAUUCUUUUUCUUUCUUUUUUCUUUCGUUUAGACAUUCGUUCUCUUUUUUCUUUCAUAUCUCUUGCAAUCAUCUUCUAGCGUACAUUUUGUCUUUCAUUCGCUUUUUUUUUCUUUCUUUCUUUCUUUCUUUCUUUCUUUUUUCUUUCCUUUCUACGUUUGUUCUCUUUUUUCUUUCAUAUCUCUUGCAAUCAUCUUCUAGCGUACAUUUUGUCUUUCAUUCGCUUUUUUCUUUCUUUCUUUCUUUCUUUCUUUCUUUCUUUCCUUUCUACCGUACAUUUUGUCUUUCAUUCCUUUUUUCUUUCUUUCUUUUUCUUUCUUUUUUUUCUUCCCUUUUUUACGUUUGUUCUCUUUUUCUUUUCAUAUCUCUUUGCAAUCAUCUUCUAGCGUACAUUUUGUCUUUCAUUCUUUUUUUUUUCUUUUCUUUCUUUCUUUCUUUCUUUCUUUCUUUCUUUCUUUCUUUCUUUCCUUUCUACGUUUUUCUUUUUUUCUUUUCAUAUUCUUAUUCAUCGCCUAUCGUACAUUUUGUCUUUCAUUCGUUUUUCUUUCUUUGGUUCGUUAUCUUUUUUCUUUCAUAUUUCUUGCAAUCACUUUAUAUCGCAAAUUUUGUCUUUCAUUCUAUUUUUCUUUGUUUGUUCCUUUUCUUUUCUUUCUUUUUUUCUUUUUUUUUUGGUUUUUCGUUCGUUCUUUUUCUUCAUUUGCAGUUCUUUUUUCUUUUCUUUUUUUUUCUUUCGUUCAUUUCUUUUCCUUUUUCUGUUGCAACUAUUUUUCUUUCAUUCUCAUUUUCUUUCUUUAUUUUCCACAUUUUCUUUGAUUCUUUUUUACUUUCUUUUUCUGUUAUUUUUCUUUCAUUUUAUUUUUUAUCUUUUAUUUUUCAUUCUCACAUCUCUCUCUUCUCGGUGGCUUUGUUACUAUCUAUCUAUCUAUCUAGCAUCCCAGUUUUUACAUAUCUAUCUAAAUAUGUUCAUAUCUAUUCAUCAUCAAAAUAUGUUCUUUAUCUAUCUAUCUAUCUAUCUAUCUAUCUAUCUAUCUAUCUAUCUCUUUUCAUAACUAUCUAUCUUAUCAUUUCAGUCUUUUCAUAUCUAUCUAUCUAUCUAUCUAUCUAUCUAUCUAUCUAUCUAUCUAUCUAUCUCAUCAUCUCACUCUUUUCAUACCUAUUUAUCUUAUCAUUUCAGUCUUUUCAUAUCUAUCUAUCUAUCUAUCUAUCUAUCUAUCUAUCUAUCUCAGUCUGUUCAUAUCUAUCUAUCUAUCUAUCUAUCUAUCUAUCUAUCUAUCUAUCUCAGUCUGUUCAUAUCUAUCUAUCUAUCUAUCUAUCUAUCUAUCUAUCUCAGUCUGUUCAUAUCUAUCUAUCUAUCUAUCUAUUUAUCUAUUUCAUCCAUUUCACUCUUUUCAUAACCAUCUGUCUUAUCAUUUCAGUCUUUUCAUAUCUAUCUAUCUAUCUAUCUAUCUAUCUAUCUAUCUAUCUAUCUAUCUAUCUCACUUUGUUCCUUAGCCUCUCGGUCGCCUCGUCCAGCAAACCUCUUUCUGCUUCACAUGGCAACACCGCAAUUCCCUUCUAUCUUGGGCCUUGUUUCAUUUUCUUGUGA